CGCCAAAUUCCAAAGUAAAAUAAUGAUGGCGCCGUCCAGCAGCAGCCGCAGCUUGCUUGUGUUUUUGUUUGCAGCGGCCGCCGGGGCUUGUGCGGUGAUGGCGCAGAAUGUGACGUGGGGCACUGAGGACAACCGUAUAAUGGAGCAGCUGAGAACAAGUGUGACGUGGUCGGGGGUCCAACUCGAUCCACUGAAUGCCUCGUCCAGUCCCUGCAACUGGACUACUGAUCUCGUGACCUGCAAUGAUGAAGGCAGGGUUUAUCAGAUAACGCUUGGGAGUUCUGACGUUAGCGGCGGCACUGUGCCUCCCACCAACCAAAACGACCUCCCCAACUUAAACUACUUCGACGUCCCCCACUGCAAUCUUGAAGGCGUGAUUCCCAACUUUACCGGCUCGCCGCGGCUCCAUUCACUAGUGGUUACCGAAAACCGGUUCAGUUCAAUCGCGCCUGGCCUGUUCGACUCCAAGGCUGAGCUCCAAUUUGUUGAGAUGGACAACAAUGACCAGCUGGCACCAUGGGAGCUCCCUGAAGGUCUUAUGACCAACCUUCUUCAACGUUAGCUUGACAGGUCUUUACCUGUCGAACAACACUUUGUCCGGCGGCAUCUCCGCGUUACAGAACUUGACUGGACUCGAUCAAAUCGAACUGCAAUACAACCAGUUAUCUGGCGAAAUACCCGACUUAUCCCGCCUCCAAUCGUUGAACUAUCUCUACCUUAAUAAUAACAACCUGACCGGUCCUAUCCCCAAAAGCCUUACAACUUUGCCCUCUCUUGUGAAGCUGGACCUUUCAAAUAAUCAGCUCACCGGCUCUCUCCCUACAUUUCCCGGUGGUGUGACUGUUGUGAUAUGCGGAAACCCGGGUUUCCAUUCAUGCUAGGUUUCUUGCUUGUUCCUGCGGCCUUCCGAGCUUUGUCCAUUACUUUUCAUAUGUGCCAUCAAUCCAUCAUACGGAGUAAUUACUUUUCAAGUCUCUUGUUCCUUUUUUCUUGUUUUCAAUAAAUAUUGUUUAUCUUAAUUAAUACGUAGUAACUUUUCAUAAAUAUCAUAUUAUUGUUACCCCUAGAAACUAGGCGAAAAGAAGAAUACAUAUGCGAAAUAUGUGUGUAUAUUGUUUCAUGUGUAAAAGUCUAUACAUCUUUUCCUUUUAUAUUAAAAGACCCACUAAUUCCUAUACAAAAAUAAAAG